AAAGGUGGGAAGAAGUCUGUGAAAAAUAAAAUCUCAAAGCGAAAGAAACCGGAAAUCACCAACGGUCACACUGAAGAUUCCACAGCCAAUGACAGUACGAAUUCUAAUGGCAGCCAAGCGAAUGAUAGAGCACAAAGAAAGAAAGCCCGUACAACGUUCACCGGGAGGCAGAUAUUUGAACUAGAAAAACAAUUCGAAAUCAAAAAGUACUUGUCUUCUAGCGAAAGAGCAACAAUGGCCAAACUGCUGAACGUUACAGAACAACAGGUAAAGAUCUGGUUCCAGAACAGACGGACGAAGUGGAAGAAGCUAGAUGGCGUAACGAACGCCCAGGCGGCAGAACUUCGUGUGAGUUGUGAAAAACCAGAAUCAGGUAGUGGUAAGAAAAAGCAACCCAAGAAAACUCACACCACCGCUGUUUCUAAAACAUCGGCUAGUGACAGCCAUACUGAAGAACUCCUUACAGAAGCUGUUGAUUCUGCAGUGUCGACAUAUAAGGAAUGUUCAAACUUUACAGAAAGUGCAGUUCCAAAGACCAGUUCCCCACAAUCGUCGGAUCACGAGGAUACAAACAUACCUUCUUCUGAAGAGGUACUACGGACAAAUAACGGGACAACCCUUGAGGGAGAAAACCGUGAUCCCUCCUCAACAGCCACAUACGCCUCGUGUCGGGACUAACUUACCGAAAUGUGUAAAAAUAUGUACAUUCCUAAUAUCACGUGACAAAACUAGCAUAUAACAAAAGUUGGCAGAAUAUCAGUAGGCUAUAACAGUUGACCUGUUAUUAAUAAGUGACAGAAGUUGGCUGGAUAUCAGCAGGACAAACUACAACAUAUGUUUAGAAAAAGCAAACUUUUCAACAGAGAAAAAUUAACGAUAACAAUAUACGGCUUUUUAUAUACUGUUUAGAAAGUAUAUUGUUAUCGUAAGUGAAUAUUUGAAUUAAAGGUUUGCAAUCUGUUUCAUAAGAAAAUUACUAGUAUAAAAAAAAACUAAUUUAUUUUUGGCAUUGUGCCAAGUGUUUAAUCAG